CAGUGUGACUUAAUCACAGACAGUCAUUCCCAGCAGAGAGAAACUCUACAGCUGCUGUAUGAUUGAAGACAUUAAUCCGACAGACCUGCGCUUCAGUUUAAAGUUUUCCUUUUCAUAUAUACAUUCUUUUUUUCCCCCAAAUUUUGAAGGCCUUGUUCUUUCUGAGGGGCAGCCAUGAUCAGCCGUAACUUCAAGAACGUGUUGGUGGUGUCCAUCGGGUUUCUGUCCCUGUUCACGGCGUACGGAGGCCUGCAGAGUCUACAGAGCAGUCUGAAUGCGGAGCAGGGGAUGGGGGUGGCGUCCCUGAGUGUUAUCUACGCCUCCAUCAUCAUCUCCUCCAUGUUCCUGCCUCCCAUCAUGAUCAAAAACCUGGGCUGUAAAUGGACCAUUGUCGUGGGCAUGGCCUGCUACGUCUCCUACUCCGUCGGAAACCUCUUCCCCGGAUGGUACUCCCUCAUCCCCACCUCAGUGAUCCUGGGUUUGGGGGGCUCUCCUCUGUGGUCGGCUAAGUGCACCUACCUGACCAUCUCCGGGAACAUGCAGGCCGGCAAAGACGGCAAGAAGGGCUCUGACAUCAUCAACCAGUACUUCGGCAUCUUCUUCUUCAUCUUUCAGUCGUCGGGCGUGUGGGGAAACCUCAUGUCGUCGCUCAUCUUCGGACAGGACACCAACAUAGCUAACAUCCCAGAGGAGGUGCUGGAAACCUGCGGAGCGGCUGAUUGCGGCCUCGUGGUCUCGAGCAACAGCACGACCAGCAGACCCGCUAAGACGCUCGUGUGGACGCUCGUCGGAUGCUACAUCGGCGUGGGCGUGCUGGCCAUGCUCAUCGUGGCAGUGUUUCUGGACAACAUCGACCGGGAGCAGGCCAGUCAGUUUCGUGGGAACCGGGAGCCGUUCUGUCACACCUUUCUGGCCACGUUCAGACUGCUGAAGGACUGGAGGCUGCUGACCCUCAUCCCCCUCACCAUGUACAGCGGCUUCGAACAGAGCUUCCUCUCCGGAGAGUACACCAAGAACUACGCCACGUGUGCUUUGGGGAUCCAUUACGUUGGCUUUGUGAUGAUGUGUUUCGCAGCCACUAACUCUCUCUGCUCCUUCCUGUUUGGGAGGCUCGCUCGGUACACUGGCAGAGCUGCACUCUUCGGUCUGGCUGCUGUGAGCAACUUCGCCUGUAUCAUCGCCCUCUUGUACUGGAGGCCUCAUCCUGACCAGCUGCCCGUUUUCUUCGUGUUUCCCGCUCUGUGGGGAAUGUCUGAUGCUAUCUGGCAAACUCAGACGAAUGCUCUUUAUGGCGUCCUCUUCCCCCGGGACAAAGAGGCGGCGUUCGCCAACUACCGCAUGUGGGAGUCGCUCGGUUUCGUCAUCGCCUUCGCCUACAGCACCUUCAUAUGCCUGGAGUAUAAACUCUACAUCCUGCUGGCCGUCCUGCUGCUGACCUCCGUCACCUACCCCAUCGUGGAGUACUACGAGCACAAGCACCCCACGGUGCCCGUGGAGGAGGGGGCCUACCUGAGCAACAAGGAAGCCAUGGAGGCGGACAGCAAGAUCAUCUGUCAGACGGAAAUGUAGAGACUCAAUUACGAGUGUUUUUCUGUUGUUGUGGUGUUUGUUGUUGUUUUUUUGUUUUUUUUUCCACAUCCUGAUGAGGCCACGGAGCUGAAAGUCAGGCGUCUGACUCUGGAGGCAAAUUGUUCAAAUGAGAAUUAACUCAAAAUGUGUGAUGAGAAUGAUGGAGAGGGUCAGGCAGACAUGAGAACAAUAACACUUCUUAUUUCACGACAAGUCUUUCUAGCUGUUUUGGGUAAAAUAUUAUAGCUGCUAUAUCUAUAUACGUAUAACAUUAUAGGUUGAACAUGCAGGAUAUAUUCUAGUUAUAUGCAGGUUAAAUAUAGAUUAUAUUUGUCCAACAAGCCCGAGUUAUUCCGUCUUCCGUUUCUGGAUGAGCCAACAAUCGACCCCACAUUAUUUGUACAGCUACAAAGCAGAAUUGCAUUUUUUAUGAAUGUAACUACUGCAAGUGAUAUUUUUCUUAUUGAAAUUGUAUACUGUAAAUUUUAAAAAAAGAAGAGUUGAAAACUGCCAAGUGUAAAAUAUAUGUAUUAAUAUUUUCAGUUUUGUGUAAAAUAAAAAAGAACUGGAGAAUGGAACUCUACGACAUGAAAGGCUGCAGUCAAAACAAUGAAGCUGACUUGUUUUAAAAUAAGACAACGUGCAUAAUUACUGGUAGACGGGAAACGUAUCACUGAUAACUUAAGUGUUACUGGGUUACUACUGGGUUACUACGCAUUAGUGCAACUGGGCAACAGGCGAUCUGCGAGCAGCGCCCAGCUGCUGGACGAGAGGUUUACUUUCGUUAAAAA